AUGGACCUCCGUCGCUUUCACAAAUUCCUCAAAACCCUAGCCCACUACUCCACCGAUUGCCACCGCAGCGCCACCACCAUUCAUUACGGUGAGCGCCAACUUUCCUUCAACAACACCCCCAUUAUUCACGCCAAGAUGCACCACCCUUCCUCGAUGCGAUUCAAGAUGCCUCGCAUCCCUUGCAUAAAUCAUCCUCAAGUUGAUUUCGAUUACGAUUUCGAGUCCAAUGGUGACAAUGACUAUGAAAUGAAUUGUGAUUUUAUUGAUGAUGAUAAUGAUGGAGCAAGGAAAAGUUUCUUGAAAGGUGGAAAUGAAGAUGAUUGCGAAGACAUUGUUGCUUGUGACGAUGAAGGGAUUGAUCUCAAGGCAGAGCAAUUUAUAGCUAAAUUCUAUAAGCAAAUGAAGAUGCAGAGACAGGUCUCAUAUUUACAGUACAAUGAGAUGAUUGAUAGAGGCACAAAUUGA